AUGGAUGUCGAAAUGACUGCGGGUGAUGCUGGUCAACAGCAGUCACUGACACAACAAUCCGAGUCUUCUGCCAAAGCAUCCCCUCCCGCUGCCAAUAAUGCGGGUAGCAACGCAGCGAACCAGAUGAGCUUUCGAAGGCAACGAGCGUCAAGAGCAUGUGAGGUUCGAUGCGACGCUGCAAGCCUCGGCGUUCCUUGCACGAAUUGUGUCGCAUUUCAGAUCGAGUGCCGUAUCCCAACCCCUAAACGUAAAAAGGCUCAAAAUGCUGGCAAUCAGACAACCAAAGAUUCCGACAGUGACCGAGAAGCAGACGACCGGCCACAUCAAACCACCCCAGGCAGCGCCUCUUCCUAUCCACGACCACCCACUGUAUCGCACACAUCGGAUGGGACCCCUUCAUCGUCUAUGACCGAAGCACAAGUCAGACAAGAAGAAGUCGAUAGCGGUACAUACCUAAAUCUUGUAAUGAAGCCCAAGUUCACUCGUGCUCCAAUCACGGAAGCUGGACGAGUUGCCUUUCUUGGCGAAUCCUCGAACUUGACUUUACUUGUACACGACCGCCAGGGAUCGUCGGAUGUCGUGCACUAUCCGCUACCUGAAAAUGUGCGCGGCUCACGAGCCAGGCUGACAGAGCUAGAUAAUGUUGAGAUUGAAAUCUUACAUCAGAGAGGAGCAUUCCUUCUCCCUCCCCGAUCUCUCUGUGACGAACUCAUAGAGGCAUACUUCAAGUGGGUUCAUCCCAUUGUCCCUGUUAUCAACCGCUCUCGCUUUAUGCGACAGUACAGGGAUCCCAAGAACCCUCCGUCACUCCUCCUUCUCCAAGCUGUUUUACUAGCCGGCUCGCGGGUUUGCACCAAUGCUCAGCUUAUGGAUGCCAAUGGGUCUACGACUCCUGCCGCGUUAACCUUCUACAAACGUGCAAAGGCACUCUACGACGCAAACUACGAAGAUGACCGUGUCACAAUUGUUCAGUCGCUGUUGCUCAUGGGCUGGUACUGGGAAGGCCCCGAGGACGUCACCAAAAAUGUUUUCUACUGGAGUCGUGUUGCCACCAUUGUUGCUCAAGGUUCUGGUAUGCACCGGAGUGUCGAGCAGUCUCAACUAAGCAAGUCUGACAAACGACUAUGGAAGAGGAUAUGGUGGACUCUGUUCACUCGCGACAGGUCUGUCGCUGUUGCUCUCGGUCGUCCCGUCCACAUCAAUCUCGACGACUCUGACGUUGAAAUGCUGACGGAAGACGACUUUAUCGAGGAUGAGAUGGACCGAGCCAGCGAAUUCCCGCCAGACCCCAUUCAUGUGCAAUUCUUUUUGCAAUAUGUCAAGUUGUGCGAAAUCAUGGGCUUGGUCUUGUCGCAACAAUACUCGGUUGCUUCCAAGGGACGUCAAAGGAAUGCCAUUGAUUUGACACACAGCGACAUGGCACUGGCCGACUGGCUGCAGAAUUGCCCCAAGAUUGUAUACUGGGAGAUGCCUCGCCAUCACUUCUGGUCUGCUCUACUUCAUUCAAAUUACUAUACAACACUCUGCCUCCUGCAUCGCGCACACAUGCCCCCGAGCGGCUCAAGAAGCUUUCCGGACGACUCCCCUUACCCAUCCCGGAAUAUUGCUUUUCAAGCUGCAGCAAUGAUUACGUCAAUUAUAGAAAAUCUCGCCACACACAAGGAACUACGCUAUUGUCCGGCAUUCAUUGUCUACAGCCUGUUCUCAGCUCUGAUUAUGCAUGUGUACCAGAUGAGGUCUCCUGUCCCAUCGAUCCAGCAAGUUACGCAGGAUAGAAUGAGAAGCUGCAUGCAAGCGUUGAAGGAAGUAUCACGGGUCUGGCUUGUCGGAAAGAUGGUCUAUGCCCUUUUUGAGUCCAUUAUUGGCAAUAAGAUGCUAGAAGAACGCCUUCAAAAGGCGGGUGGGAAGCGUCAUCGGAAAAUGCAACAAAGCCUGUCACAAUUGGAGCAGCAGAGUAAAGUUCAAGACGUUUCGAAGAGAAAGUAUGACGACAUGGCCAUCGAUUUCACCGCAAAUGCCCCAACGCCUCAGGAAUCCUACGAGCGCUCUAGACCUCAAACACCGAGUGCAAUCAAAACCGAAAAUACUUCUGCUAUGCAACCACCGGCUGUCGCGUCUCCCAAUAGUCGACCCAGCGUGGCAGAUACAUUUAUGGGCGGAACCAAUUCGCGACCUCAGACCAGACCUGCAACCCCAUUCAAUCCCUCGUUUUCAGUUCCCGCUACGCCCCCAGAUCUCUACCUUGUAACCAGAAACUCACCAAAUUUGUCGCAAUCGCUCUGGGAAAAUUUUCAACCAGAUCAGCUCUUCCCCGAAAGUUCCAGCAUGCCUGCUUUCCCUAAUCUAUCUCCGACACAAACACAUCAAGAACCGAACCACAAUCUGAUGGCGCAGAUGACACCCAACAGCAUGUCACAAGGCCAGGCAAGCAACCAGUUUCAGGCUACAGGUCAAGGACAAGGAAAUGGUGGCGUACCUACGCAAGGCUUUCAUGCAUCUGCCGGCAUGUGGCACACCAAUUUCGACGGGGGCGUGCACGACGGACAAAGUCCAGACAGUUGGAGCACAAGCUCAGUCCAAGGGCAACCUGCUCCCACGACCUUGAACGUGGAGGAUUGGUUCCAAUUCUUUGGCAUCAAUGGCGAUGCUAGCAAUUUGAAUCUCGAUGUAUCCCUGAGUUGA